UGUCUACCCCCGUUAUAUAUGAGAGGCCUAGGGUACAGGUGUCCUAUUAGGACACAACUCCUACCCUGUCUACACACAGUCCAAAACCAAGUCCAACUGUAACCUACCUUGUACAAUAAUAUUCGACACAAUUCUAACAACAUCUCCUUUGGUGGUGAUAAAUGGGGCAUCACAUGUGCGCCACUUGUUGUAGUUAGGGAGCUUGGUGAAAUGUCUUCACGCGCAAGGAGAGAUGAGGGUUUUAUUUGUGCUUUUUCGUAGAUUCGCUUUUUCAAAACGAUUUAACUAUUUAGCUGUGCAUCCAGAUCAGGAAUGUUUUCGCCAUUGCAUUCGUCACGUCAAGAUCUUCAAAACGGUAUCCCAUAUUCAUAGGUUCGGUGAACUUUUUUUGGGACGAAAUCUAUGCUCCAAAAUUGUGCAAACCCAUGCUUCAAAACUAUACUAACAUGUACUAACUGUACUUCACUUUUUUGGGGAAGUAUAAUUGUGCUUUCAUGCGACAAGCAUUGUGCUUCACUUUUGGAGAAGCACAAAAACAGAAAUUUAUUUCACGCGGAAGCACGCCUGGUUCACUUUUGGGAAGGCACAGAAGCACGUCUAUGCUUCACUUUUGGAGAAGCGCAAAAGCACAACUGUGCUUAUUCUUUUGGGGAAGCAUAAGUGUGCUUCACAUAGAUGCAUACAUGUGUUUCACUUUUUUGGGAAGCAUAACGCUAGAAGCACAACUAUACUUAGCACAAGCUCCUACGGGAAUGAACCCACAAAAAUCAAUGAAAUAGAAGAAAGAACCCAAAAAAAUCAUGACCAAGAAAACACUAGGGACCCCAAAAAAGGAAAGCACCCCACACGCAACACGUGGCUGCACUGGAGCACGCUAAGUGGUGUGUUUGGGGUGCUCCUGUGCUAGGAAAAUUGCCCUCGCGGGGGCACCUGGCCUCCACUAGUUGCUCCCGAUAGGUUUUGAAUUUGUUAGAGCAACUCUAGCGGUGUCGCCAUAUCGCUCCCAUCGGUUUAGGGGCUGCGACAUGGAGCGUGCGCCAUCAACCAACCGCUCGAGUGGGAGGGAAGUUUGAGCUCCCUACUCUCCUUCCACAUGUUUUUUCGUUGCCAUAUGCUCAUGCUAUAUUUACAUCAAUUAUACAUCUUUGGGUAUAAUUUUAUAUCAUUAUUAUUGGACUAACACAUUAACCCAGUGCCAAGGUUAGUUCCUGGUUUUUUUAGUGUUUUUGUUAUUUGCUGAAAAGGGUUUUUUGAAGUCGGAAAAUAUAAAAAAAAAACGAUGAUUAUUGUUUGACCAAAAGGAACCCAGUGAACCUGUACCCACCUGGAUGGGGUCCCUAGGGCCUCCACGCAGCCACACCAUGCGGGCACUGCCUAGGGAUAUUUUUAUUCAACAUUGGUGACAGCCAAAAAUCUGGAGCGGUCCAUCAUCUCCUUGGACAUAGGCAUACUAUCGAUCUCAUAUGACUUUAUGGUUGCCUAUAUGUCAUUUUCUUUACUUGCUCAUUCUAUUAUACCGUUAGUUUUGAAUGUGUACAUUUUAGCUAUGCAAAGGCCGGGUAUCACUGAUUUUUUGUUGUAUCCUCUUGAUUCUAUAUUUUGAGUUAAUAAAAGUGUCAUGUAUACUUAAAAUAAAUGGGGUAUAAUUAAAAAAUGUAUGAAUGUGUAUCCCAUCUUAAACCUGGCCAUAUGGGCAGUGUCGCGCGGGCUGGUCCGUCGGCAUGGAAUUUCAGCCCAGCACAAUAUAUGAUUAAAAGGGUCAGGACGGCCUUUGGCCCGCCACAGCAUAAGGUCGAUCCUAGAAGCCAAGCCUUAAGGUCCGGGCCGACACGACCCUUUUAAUUGUCGGGCGACACUGCACGGCCCGGUGCGGUACGCGGUCCGUCAGACUUGUAACUAAGCUUUUUUCUAUAUUUUUCUAUAUUUUGUAUUUUUCUUAAAAUUAUAUAUAUAUAUAUAUAUAUAUAUAUAUAUAUUCCCUUUUUAGAUAUUAAUGUACUUUUUCUCUUAUUUUUAUUUUUUAUGAAUUAAAAAAACAAAAAGGCCAGGAAGGCUGAAAAGCAAUGCGGGCCGGCACGUGUGUGCCUUUUACAGGCAGGCCCUUUUACAGACGGGCACAUGCCGGCCAUUUACAGCCGGGCUGGCCCAUGUGACCAGCCAUGAAGAAGAACAAACAGGGGAACUGACAUAUCAGGCCAAUUCUGCACCGAUGGAGACGGUGCAUACAAAGGAGGCUAUGGGAACCACUUGUCCUGAGGAUAACGGCCAAGGUAAAGAUGGAUCAACCACGGAUGAACAGUACGAUCCACGGAUACCUCCUUCACCUCCAAGCGAUCUCAAAUCACUCAAGGAGUGGCCGAACAAAACAAGUGCCAUACCUGCUAAUUCCAGAGCAACAUCCACAAUCAUCCCAGACGGUACUCCCCAGUGGGUACCUGACAUAUUCUUCGAUAUAUUACCCCACUUGCGGCCAAUCCUGAAAAGGGAUAGUGUCAGGUCUUUCCUCCGCUUCUUAAAUCAGAAUGGAAGGGACAUGACACUGGGUUACAUCAUCAAACCAGAAGCUUUAAACGAGCUAGUCAUCGCUAAUGCACUGCGAUGUGCCAAAGUUGUCUUGGUGGGCAAGAAUGCUGAGCUGCAUGGGUUCCGGGCCGAUCCCAACUGCAUGACUCAAUUUGGGUUCUUCCCCCUGCACCUAGCUGCUGAAAUGUUCUCUGUCGAUAUGAUUGAGUUGCUCUUGCACCAUGGCACGUCGGCCAAUUUGCACACAUCCGGUGCUUUAGUCAUUGACAACCUACUCCCGGUCCAUGUUGCGGUUGAGAACACUUGCCUGCAUAAGUACCUGGAGGACAGUCUACAUCCUAAUCGAGAGAAUAUGGGUUACAGUCAUGCAGAUAUCAACUAUAUCCUGAAGCUCAUUCAUAUCCUCUGCCUACCGGAAAUGAAGCUCUUCUUGGAUACGAUUAGGCUGCUAGCCAAACAUACAGAUAAUUUGUCAGAUGAGGUCUGCAAUUACAUAAUUGAUGGGAAGCUUAUCCAAACAGCCGUUUUGCUCCUAGCAGCUCAAGAGCAGAUCCGUGGUGUAUCUUCCCCCAAGAAAGACCUCAAUAGUAAGCCAGAUGAGUUUGCUAUUAUCACUAACUGUGUUGUGGGCAAAAUUACCUCCAUACAAUUGGAGAUGUGUCAAAAAGGAAAGGAACUGGAGCCACUAGAGGCGAAAAAGAAGCUUUUCGAUAUGACACUGACGCUUGUUCAUGUAAUUUCCCAAGCUGGUGAAGCUCUUGAUUCUUACAUUCGGGAUCAUCCCAAGCUGGCCGCGUCAUUCUAUCAGGACCGGGCUCUAACAUGGAAGGUGCCCUGUAUCAUUCCAAUUUCCCAUGUGGAGGUCCUUGAACACGUCUCGUUGAUAUUAAAGGAUUAUGGUCUUUGUUCUGGAGAGGGCAUAGAUAUUGGAAAUCUCUGCCCCUAUGAGAACGUGGUUUCUUCUGAAGAGCUGCCUCGCAAACUUGCAGGACCGAUGGCCAGGAUGAAAGCAGGCACAGAUGAGCCUUGUUUGGAAAAUGUAAAGGCUAAAGGGAAGAAAGGUCCUCGGGGAUGGGAGCUCAAAUUGGCAAGGAGAAGCUUCUUCCCAUACUGGAGAUCAGUGUUAACGUCCCAGUUUCAUGUGAAGGAGGACAUCAAUAGCUUGAAUAAAUCAACUAGACACGUAUCAACUAAAUCAACUAGAUGUCGUUAUCUUAUUUGCAGUGGCGGAGCAUAGUGGGGACCAAACUGGGUCAUGGCUUGUCCUUGUCUUUAAAUUUCUUCUCAGGAGUUGGUACGGAUUUGGCCCAAGAACCAUGGAUGGUCUGCUAGAAAAAAGAAUAGAGGUAUUACAAGCAUAAUAUCCAUUAUUGGAUUGAAAAUAGCAUAAGCUUCGGCCAAUUUGGCAAAGAAAUGACUAGUUGGAUAAAGAACAGAAUCAAAACAUAUACAGGUUAAACUAAGCA